CAAUCAUUGUGUCGUAUUCUCACCCACCCAACUUCUUAAAUUCCCUUCUUCCUCUUCCUAUUUAUUUCUCUUUUUUCUUCUUCUUGCUUUGAUUAAACAAGGAGCAAAAAAUCAUGGGUGUUUUGGAAUAUAUAGCAAAUUUUUGUACAAUCACAACCAGCACAAACAACAAGAAGAAAUCAAUGCAGACGGUUGAAAUAAAAGUGAAAAUGGACUGUGAUGGAUGUGAAAGAAGAAUCAAGAAUUCCGUUAAGCAUAUGAAAGGUGUAAAAUCAGUGGAAGUGAUCAGAAAGCAGAGUAAAGUGAUAAUAAAUGGUUAUGUGGAUCCAAACAGAGUAUUAAAGAAAAUAAAGAGUACUGGAAAAAGAGCAGAAUUUUGGCCAUAUGUACCUUAUAAUGUGGUAUAUUAUCCACAUGCACCACAAGCCUAUGACAAAAGGGCACCUGCUGGUAUGGUUAAAAAUGUGCCACAAGCACUUCUUGCCCCAAAUGCUACUGAAGAAAAAAUUGCUUACCUAUUUAGUGAUGAUAAUCCAAGUGCUUGUUCCAUUAUGUGAUCAAAGUAAGACUGUCAUCAUGAGUUUGAAGUUUAUGAGUUUUGAAGUCAUGUCACUAAAUCUAUAUAGAUUUUCUUAGUCAUUGAGUACGUAAUUAAUAAAUUUUCUGAUACAAAUAUAGAAUCUAAGCAAAAACUGUUGAAUAUUAGUAAGAGUAAGCAAUACUCUAUAUCUCUGGCGCCCCAAACUAUUUCACACAUUGAGAUCGUCAAGGUUAGCAACCACCUUCGUGGGGUAAAUUUCGAGAAGGAUGACUGCUUUUAAGAAAAAAUAACAAUAACAACAACACCAAUUGUCACUUAUAUUUUCAUUGAUGAUUUUUUUUUUUGGUUUUGGCCCUAUAAGUAUAGCAAGAAGAUUUUAUAAAUGUAGCAACCUUUAUUAUCAUACUUAGUGAGUUAAGGAGAACAUGUAACUGACCAGUGGAAGAGUAAAUUGAUGAAGCUCAAUGUUUUGUUGUUC